CUAGUGUCCUCGCCACAGGCGCCGCUUUUUGCUGUCUGGGGUUGGGAGGCCGCCACCACAUUUGGGGGCGAAGCGGGGGGGCUGCGGCUAUCCUGAGCGCCGGUCAGCGCCUUCCGGCUCCCUGUGGUGCCAGGUCAUUGAGUUUUGACCAUUUGGGACUCCUGAACCUACGGACUGUGACCUCAGAGCAGCACACACACUUGCCCCAUGCACAGUGGGUGCACAUUCCCUCCACAUUCUCUUGACCGGGCAGCAGACUUGGUUAUUUCACGGCUGUUGAUAAGGACCCUAAGGAGAACCCAUAGUCUCUGUGCAGCUUCUCCGAGUCUCAUUCCUUUGAGACUCCUUCACGUGCCUCCAGGAUCCCCCUGCUUAAGACACUUGUCCAGAAAUCCAGCUUGGCUCAAAUCAAGAAGGCGCCAUUUACUCAUUGAGCACUUGUGGCUGAAAAGUCAGCUGCCCUUCUGAGUCAGAAGAUAACCUCGUCAUGCUUCUUCCAACAGCAAACUUUGCUGUGCUUCCCCAGCUGUGAGCAUGAUUCAUCAGGUGGCACCACCGCUGCAUGGCUGAGAGUCAGUCUAUUGUUCCACGCGGCCCAGUACAGGACUGGGGUCAGGCCCCAGAGAGCUGGCCGGCAGGGAUGGCUGAGAAGUCUCUCAGGAGCACAGAUUGCUGUUUACUCCUGGAUGAAGUGUUUUCAAGGCAGGUCAUCAAGAAGGGGCUUGUGGGCUCCAUGAAGGCCUUGCAGAAGCAGUACGUGUCCUGGGACAUGGUGGUGACGAGUAAGGAUGCCGACGCCAACACCGUGUACAGUGCCGUGGAGGCCAUGUUCAUCCAUGGUCUGCACACCAAGCACAUCCUCACCGAGGAGGGAGACAAAAGGAAGAAGCGUGCCCAAUGGAAGCCCUUGCCGCAGCCUGCCUUCUGGCCCCUCCUGAAAGCCGUCACCCAGAACUUCCAAGGGUGUUGUCAGAAUUCAGCAAAGCCCAGGAGGACUCUGUGCCAACCUGCCAACUAACCCAGGAAGCAGCAAGCCCUGUGCCGCCCGGCCUGCACUCAAGCACACGCCCGCACUCCACCACAUUAGUUCAGCCCUGCCUGCCCCGGCCUUCUCCUGCGCUCCUCCAGAUGGUGGCUCCCCAGACUUGCCACCACCGGGAACUGCCCCUGUUGUCUCUGCAGGGAGCACUCCAUGCCAGUAGCCUUCAAGUCUGGUGGGUGAACUGACCAGCACAGCCCGCCAGGGAGCCACCAGCCAGAGCUCCGGGAGGGUGGAGCCGGACUGAGAAUCGUGGUUCCCUCACCUGCAGCCCAGUGAGUAGUGCGAGCUGUGGGUGGGGUGGAAGGGCCCCAUGAAAUGUCUCAGCUAGUGACUCUGAGUGGUCCCUGCCUUUUCCCCAUUAGCCCUGGGUCCCCUCCCAGUGCUGGGAUUCAUUGCCUGGCAAUGAUGGAGCCCGGGCUUCUGGGUGUAAGUCAAGGAGAUGAGGCAGGCACAGUGCUGGACACUUCCUGUGGGUGUGUUCUGUCAACGCAUAUCAACCCUGGGGGGAAGCUAAUGCUCAUCUUAACACAGACUCCGUGCUGAGGCUCAUCUGUGCCAAAAUAGUUUCCAAAGGCAAGACACUUUGCUCACUGAGCCUUUAUUUUCCCUCAGCCCAUAUUAAAUUAACAGUUCAUAAAAUUCUCAUUCUGCGACAUGAAUCAGGUUUAGAACCACACACUCUCCGGAGACUAGAGCGAUAGUACAGUGGGGAUGGGGCUUGUCUUGUGACAUGGCCAACCCACGUUUGACCCCCGACAGCCCAUAUAGUCCCCAAGCACCACCAGGAGUGAUUCCUGAGUGCAGAGUCAGAAGUAAGCGCUGAGCAUUGCCAUGUAGGGUACAAAAGACAAAGGAACCACAUUGUCUAAUAAUCUACCAGUGAACACUUGAAAGACGGCUAGUCCUGGGCUGGGGAGAUAGCUCUGUGGUCACGGGUUGCAUGCCUUGCGUGCACAGGGACUCAUUUUCACUUCCCGGUUCCUCAUGCUUCAUUCACCACAUGGCAUGAGUCCUAGCACUGGCCCGUCCAGCCCAGUUGACCGAGUAUCGCUGAAGUAGUCCAGUGUGUUGAUCAUCCAAGGGAAGCCAGCCAUAUGCAGCUCCUGGGAGAACCCUGCGUGGGCCCUUGUGAGCUUAGACCAGGGCUAAGUAGUCCCGCUGGGAGGCCACACCCUUGCUGCUUCACAUUUUUUCUCAGGAAACAGGUGAAGAUUCCCAGAGAAAAUUAUGGAUCUUUUAUAGUGACCCUUCUGUUUGAAAGAGAACUUGUGACUUUAUUAGCAGCAAACGAUGCAUAGAAAAUAAACUUUGUGAUUUUACUCAAUACCAAAUAGAUUAAUGUGUACUCUCUUAGGGUGUUUUUUGGCACAUUCCUCUGGUGCUCAGUUUCUACUCCUGGUGUGGUGCUCUGGGUACCAUGGGGUGCUGGGGACUAAACCUGGAGCUGCUGCAAGCAAAGUAAACACUACAGGUCUUUGAGCUAUCUCUCCAGCCCUUACUG